AUGUAUGGAGAAGCAGUGUGAAUGAAAUAAAUUUGUGGGAUUGGGGUUUUUCCUUUUGCCCACUUUUAAGUGCUUCUUCUUCUUCUUCUUCUUCUUCAUCUCCAAACGACAUGGUUUUGCAAAGGCUGGCUUUGUUUCUCAUAUACGCAUUUUUUUGGGCCUUUGCUGGCUUCAUUGGUGAUGUCGAUUCUUAUCAACGCCCACCUCCCCGGAAGAACGUCCAUGUGCACCCCUUGGCGGAUGCUGAUCCUGCUUCUCCCCAACAGGUGCACAUAUCUCUAGUGGGUCAAGAUAAAAUGAGGAUAAAGUGGAUAACGGACGGUUCAUCUCCAGCAACAGUAGAUUACGGUACAUCUCCUGGAGUUUAUGGAUUCUCUGCAACCGGAAGUACAGGUAAAUACGAUUAUCUUACGUACGAUUCCGGUGAAAUACACGACGUCGUAAUCGGUCCACUAGAACCAAACACGGUCUAUUACUAUCGUUGUGGGCCCAACCCAGGCCCAGAAUUCACCUUCAAAACCCCACCUCCAGCUUUUCCUACAAAAUUCGUAGUCAUAGGAGAUCUGGGACAGACCGGGUGGACCAACUCAACCCUCCAACACAUUUCCCAGUCAAACUACGACGUUUUGAUACUCCCUGGAGAUCUGUCGUACGCCGAUUUCUACCAGCCGUGGUGGGACUCAUUCGGGCGGCUGGUGGAGCCGCUGGCCAGCCAACGGCCGUGGAUGGUUACGCAGGGCAACCACGAGGUGGAGAAGAUCCCAGUCAUCCAUUCCGAACCCUUCACGGCCUACAAUGCCAGGUGGCACAUGCCGUUUGAAGAGAGCGGGUCGGAGUCGAAUCUCUACUAUUCGUUUGACGUGGCGGGUGUCCAUGUCAUAAUGCUGGGUUCGUACACGGAUUUCGAUGCGGAAUCUGCACAGUACAAGUGGUUACAGGCCGAUUUGGGGAAGAUUGAUAGGGGGAAAACUCCAUGGAUAGUGGCGGUUGUGCACGCUCCGUGGUACAAUUCCAAUUCAGCUCAUCAAGGUGAGUCUGAAGCCGACGACAUGAAGAAGUCCAUGGAAACUCUGCUUUACCAAGCUCGGGUUGAUGUCGUUUUCGCUGGCCAUGUCCACGCCUAUGAACGUUUCACCCGUGUGCACAAUGACACGGCUGAUAACUGUGGUCCUGUUUAUAUCACUAUUGGAGAUGGUGGUAACCGUGAAGGCCUUGCCUCUAAGUAUGAAGAUCCACAACCGAGAAUUUCAGUAUUUAGGGAGGCAAGCUUUGGGCAUGGUCAAUUCCACGUGGUGAACCAAACCCAUGCACUUUGGACAUGGCAUAGGAAUCAAGACGAUGUAUCUGUUGCAGCCGAUUCAAUUUGGCUCAACAGCCUCUCCUCUGAUCCUGCGUGCAAAAUCUGAAGAUUUCGAUUGCAAAAUUAUAAUUUAUGUUAGGCUUAUGCUAAUGCCCCAAUCAUUUUAAAAUAUAAAUAAAUAAAUAAAUAAUAAACACUA